UUGUUCUUGUUAUUAUAAGCGUACACCUUUUAUUAUUAGCAUAAUAUUAUUGUUGUUUUCAAUUUGCUAAUUUCAAUGCAUAUUGCAUAUUACAUGAUAGCAUUCAAUCGCGAGGGAGAAGUUGUGAUGAGCACUGCUUAUUUAUAAAACUGAAAAAGUAAAAGUUUGAUAAAAGUUCAUAAUGGGAAGAAAACGAAAUGUAUUCAUACGUGAUUUUUAAAUUAUUGAAGGCUCCAAUGGAGAAUGUAAACUUUGUAAAAACAAAAUUAGUGCAUUCUGUUUAACUAAUAUGAAAAGACAUUUACAAAAGGACCAUAGUGAUAUAUAUGAUGACAAAAGGGCUAAAACAGCACUGCUUUCUAUUGCAUGCAAAAACGAUAAAAAAAUUAAAUUUACCGUUGAAAUGUCCGUGAAUGAAGUUGUUAAUACUUGCAUCACUUUGUUAACUAAACAAUCAGUGCCCUUGUCACAUUUUGAUAGUGAGCCAUUUAAUACAUUAACUAACCCAAUAUUUGAUGGUCUGCAUAUUCCAAAAAUAAACUCAAGAAAUAUUUUACACCAUUUGAAAGAUCAGUGUGAUAACUUAAAAAAUAAUAUAAGAAAUUUAACAAAAAAUAAAAUACUUUCAUUCAAAAUGGAUACAGCUACUCGCCACGAUCGGGCUAUUUUGGGUAUAAAUGUGCAAAUAAUCACAUCCAAUAAACUUGAAAUAUUCACACUAGCCAUGCUUAAAUUGAAGCAGAAACAUACUGCGCAAUAUUUAACCACUAAAAUUGAAAAUGUUUUGAAAAGUUUCAAUAUAGAUAAGGCGCAAGUUUAUGCAGUAACCACUGAUAACGGCAGGAAUAUGGUGAAAGCGGUGGAGCUGUUGUCUUUGCAUAGUGAUGACGAAGAAAGUGACAGUGAAAUAGAAGACAAUUACGAAAGUAUUGUGUGCAAUGUAAGAUUCGAAAAUAUUAUUUCUAUUAAAUGUGCUGCCCACACAUUGCAGUUAGCUGUUAAAGACUAUUUAGAUAACUUAAAUACAAAUGUAGUGAAUAAGUCACGGAAUUGUGUAAAAUAUUUGAGAACACCUGCAUAUCGACAUAGUAUAAAAAGUAGCCAAACCCUCAAACCAAUAUUGGACGUACCAACACGUUGGAGCUCCACUUAUAAUAUGUUGAAGCGACUUCUACACUUAAAAGAAUUUUGCUGUGAAAAUUUGCCAUUAUCCGAGCAACUCCAAAGACAUGAGUGGGCGGAACUAGAAAAUAUCAUGAAGGCUCUACAACCAGUAAAUACUCUGACGCUGAAACUACAAAAAUCUAAUUUACGAGUAUUGUUCGGAGAUUUUUAUAAAAAUUGGCUAGAGCUUAUUUUUACUCUAAAAGACUUCAAUACUGAGAUGACCAGACAACUUCUGGAUCACAUCGAAAAAAGGCAAACAAAGUUGCUUGAAUGGGACACUAUGUAUGCAGCCCUAUUUUUAGACCCCAGAUUUAAGCGUGUGUUGUCAAAUGAGAAAAUAAAUUCGGCCAAAAAUCAUUUAAAAAAAAAAUGGUGCUCCAGCUAGUAAACGUGAAUCGAUUAUGAUAGUAAAAUUGAACACCUGAAAAAAACCUCUUAACACUGACUUGAAUUGCAGCCAAAACUUAUAAGCCUCUCGCAGUAGUAACCAUUACUUUUUAAGUUUUAUAACAUAUGUAUAUAAAAAUUGGAAUGAUGCAGCAUAUUGUAAUACAUACGGCAUAAAUAAAUAAAUAAAAAUUUUGAA